ACGGGGCUGCUGGACACAACAGUGCUCAGGAAAAGCCAGGGAGCGACUCGUGCCUUCAACGUGGCGUUUGGUUCCACUCGUGCUCUGUGAGAGAAAUGAAACCUGCGGGGGGGAGGGAAGCACGUCCGCCUCUCCCGGUCCCCAACCCUGCUUUUAUCGGUCCCCUGUGCUUCCAGCCUUCCGGCGGGUCCCAAGACGGGGAACCGAGCAGGGGGCUGAGUGCCCCCCGGGAACUGAGAUGGCUGCGGGCAGGUGCCUGGCACCUGCAUCUCGCCGCCGGCAGCAUCCCGGGCUUCGUCUUUCCUCUCCUGCCCUCCAUCGGAGGGAAGCCGCAUUCGCCGGGCACAGUGGGGGGCCAGGGGGGAAACCGGCGCCCCGGGAGCCCCGAACCCCUCCGGCUUUCCGGGACUCCCCCUCACCCCGCCCGGAGCGGGAGCGGGGACGGGGCCGCCUCCUAAUCCCGUCCUAAUCCCGGAGAGCGGCAGCAGAGCGGGCGGCCGCUAAUCCCGGCCCGCCGCCGCUAAUCCCGGCCCGUGUCCGUGGGUCUCUGCCCGUGUCCCCGCGGGCCGGGAACGAUGUCCCCUCCCCAGAGCGUGCAGCGGGGUCCUGGGUCGAGCUGCCGGCUCUCAGGGGCCGUCAAUCGGUUCACGACCUAACUCGGUCAUUGACCCGCUGUUCGCCCGGCGGGCGGCGCCGCAGGAAGGGGCGGGGGCCGCUCUCGGGUGGGCGCUGCCCCCCCGGUGCUCCUAAAGCCCCCCAGGCUCCUGCACCCCCUCUCCGGAUCGCCACCCUCCCGCCUCCCCGCGUCUUUUUUGGGGUGGCAUCGUCGCCGGUUUUUUCUGUGCGCCCGGGAGCGGCUCGGCCGGCGGUGCGGCGAGGAGGGCUCCUCUCAAACACUCUCCAGGGGGGCAGCCUGGAAGGCCGGAGCGGCUACGGGACGUAUCCUACAUCACGGGGAGCUCCGCGGGGGAGCCUGGGGCUCGUCCCCUCCCUCCCAGCCGGCUGGAAGCCAAGUUCAGUGCGGCGUGGCCGGGCCGAGAUGCAUAAUGGGGGGUCCGCAUGCCGGUGUCCCGGGAAUACCGUACCCCACUCAGCAGUGCUCCGGCUUGCUGGCUGCGGGAGCACAGGCGCCGAUGCACCGUGUAACGCGGGUCGCUUUGCCGCUCUCUCCGGAUUUUUUUUUUUUUUUGCUCGGCCUCUUUAUCUUUCAAUUGCAAAGCAAUUAAAGGUCUGUAUGAAUCUGCGAGCAUCCCUCCCCGCGGGGCCCUCUGAUGCCCGCUGUAUUGCCCUUUAGAUGCCUCUUCCUUUUUUUGUUUUACAAUUGUUGUAUCAAUAUAAUGCUUCCUUUCUUCCUCUGUCUCUAUAGAUACAGAUAUACAAGGCAAACCAAAGGUUUCGGCUGCUAUUCAGUGCCUCCUCAUUUGUCCCAGAGCCGUAACAGUGGUGCCCUUUCUCUUCUGGCUGCUUUUCCCUGCUUCUGGAGCAGCAGUUAUGGGAGAAGCAGAUGGCUACUGAUUGGGGAUGGAAGACGCCGGCGUCCAGCGGGGAAUAUGGGACGGGGAUGCCAAGACGGUCCAGCAGUGCUUGACUGACAUUUUUACCAGCGUUUACACCACCUGCGACAUCCCGGAAAAUGCCAUUUUCGGCCCCUGCGUCCUGAGCCACACAUCCCUGUAUGACAGCAUCGCCUUUAUCGCUCUCAAGUCCACCGACAAGCGCACCGUCCCCUACAUAUUCCGGGUGGACACGUCGGCGGCCAACGGCUCGUCGGAGGGGCUGAUGUGGCUGCGGCUGGUGCAGUCGGCGCGGGAGCGGGAGGAGCAGAACCUGGAGGCCUACAUCAAGAGCGGCCAGCUCUUUUAUCGCUCCCUACGUCGCAUCGCCAAGGACGAGGAGCUGCUGGUGUGGUACGGGAAGGAGCUCACCGAGCUGCUGCUGCUCGGCCCGGCCCGGGCCCCCGCCCGCACCAACGGCUCGCCGCCCUUCGCCUGCCCUGAGUGCAGCCAGCGCUUCCAGUUCGAACUGCCCUUCGCCGCACACCUCCGGUUCCGCUGCCCCAAGAGGCUUCACGGCCCCGACACCGGCCCCGCCGCCGAGGCCGCCGGCGUCAAGGACGGCGCCGGCAAGGAGCAGGAGCCCGGCAAGUUCGGGAAGCCCGGCGGGCCGCCGCACCACCCCUUCCCCGGGCCCGACGGCGGCCCCGCCGCCAGCACCAAGCCCUCCACGGACUUCCACAACCUGGCGCGGGAGCUGGAGAACUCCCGCGGUGGGCGCGCCGGGUCCCCGGGGAGGCCGGCGCCCCCCGAGGGCGGCCCUGAGGCGGCGGCCGGGAAGGCGAAGAGGCGCUUCCCCGAGGAGGAAGAGCGCGGCCCCGGCGCGGCGCGGAGCCGCUUCCCGGCGGAGCGGCCGGGGCUGCCGGCGGCGCCCAAGGAGGAGCCGGGCUGCGCCCCGCAGCAGCAGUACCGGGCCGCCGGCUCCUACUGCGGGCUCGAGGAGGGCGGACGCCUCUUCGCGCCUCCCAGCCCGGAGACCGGCGAGGCCAAGCGCAGCGCCUUCGUGGAGGUGAAGAAGGCGGCCCGCGGCCCCGAGCCCGACGGCGGCCCCGAAGAGGGGCCGGAGCGCGGCUCCCCGGGCGCGGGCGGCGCGGAGCCGGGGCUGUGCCCCCGCGGCGGUGCCGGGGGCCCGCUGGCCGCCCGCCUGGACGGCGGCAGCCCGGCGCGGGGCAGCGCCUUCAGCACGGUGCCGCAGCUCGGGGCCGGCCCCGGGGCGCCCGGCGGCGGCGGAGCCGAGGAGAGAAAGAGCGCCUUCUCGCAGCCCGCCCGCUCCUUCCCGCACGUCCCGCCGCUGGUGCUGGGUCCCAAGCUGGGCGGGCUGGGCGAGCCCUGCCCCGACGGCGCCGCCGCCCCCGCCCGCCUGUACGCCGCCGAGGCGCUGGCCGCCAAGCUGCCGGGCGGCGGGGAGGCGGCGGGCGGCGGCGGCGGCGGCGGCGGGGGGCUGCCCAAGCAAAGCCCCUUCCUCUACACCACGGCUUUCUGGCCCAAGAGCUCGGCGGCGGCGGCGGUGGCGGCGGCGGCGGCGGGGCCGCUGCAGCUGCAGCUGCCGUCGGCGCUGACGCUGCUGCCGCCGUCGUUCACCUCGCUGUGCCUGCCGGCUCAGAACUGGUGCGCCAAGUGCAACGCGUCCUUCCGCAUGACCUCGGACCUGGUGUACCACAUGCGCUCCCACCACAAGAAGGAAUACGCGCUGGAGCCCCUCGUCAAGCGCCGCCGCGAGGAGAAGCUCAAGUGCCCCAUCUGCAACGAGUCCUUCCGCGAGCGCCACCACCUCUCCCGCCACAUGACCUCCCACAACUAGCGGGGACAACCCCCCCCUGGCCCCGGGAACCCGCCCGGGACCCCCGCGAGGGGGACCCCCACGCCGCCCGCCUCUCCCACCCUUCCCAUUCGAUGCACGCGUUUCCACUGUCCGGGGAGGGGCGGGGAGGG